UGUGUUUAUGCCCUUUGUUUUGACAGGAAAGUACGUUUAAGCCAAAACAAACAUGUGAUAGUAACUACUACGUACUAGAUAUCAGAAAAAUUGAACAUGAACCUGCAAACAUUAUUCCAGGACUUUAAUCCAAGCAAGUUUCUUGUUCACGUGUGUUUAAUGGUUUUUACUGCAUUAUUUGCCCUGCGACUUGAUGGGACAAUUAUCUGGAGUUACUGGACAGUGUUUAUACCAAUAUGGUUUUGGAAAUUUAUGGUUAUCUCAGGGGCAACUGUCGGCAGCUAUGUAUGGUGGAGGUACCCACACUUUAGGUUGGAGGGCGAAGCAUAUGUGCACUACAAAGCAAUGCUAAUAAGCUUAGCACUCCACUUGAUUCUUCUAAUGUUUGAACUGCUGGUCUGUGACAAACUGGAGUCUGACAGACAUUUGUGGAUACUUGUUUUCAUACCUCUCAUAUUUAUUUCAAUCGUUUCAAUCGCUGUCUGCAUAUGGGCUGUGAAACAUGAUCGCUCGUUUGAGCUUGAACUUUUCUGUUCUGUCAAUAUACUACAGUUCAUAUUCCUGGCUCUAAAAUUAGAUGGAUUUAUAUCGUGGAGCUGGGAAGUUGUUUUCGUGCCACUCUGGAUUUUAAUGUGUCUGUCAUUAGUUGGAGUGUUGUAUACAAUAAUUUUUGCAGGAAUUUUGCUUAGGGCCCCUGAAGUAAAUCCACAACAAAGGAGAACAUCUUUUAAUUCAGCCUUAGGAUAUACAUUUCUGGUCAUACCAAUACUUAUUUUUCAGGUGCUGCUUGCAAACAAGUUAGAUGGGGCAAUAACACUAAGUUAUGUAGGUGUUGUUUCACCCCUGUUCCUUUCAUACUGUACACUAAUUUUAAUGUCGUUUGGUGCAAAAGGAGGCAACAGAUGGUGGUUUGGAAUUCGAAAAGACUUCUGUCACUUCCUGCUGAGCUUGUGUCCUUUCCUGCAGGAGUACGCUAACAUAGCGUACAGCAUACAGAGUGAUGAUGGUUCUCGCCGAGCUAAUGCUGGUACUAGCAGUUCCAGUGAGACCUCAGUUGCUGACAUGAAAACUGAGAAGAGGGUGAAAAAACCUGAGUUACUAAAACCAGUUGUGCCCGUUGUAUCGAUAGACAUGCCAGACUAGCCAAAAAGGAGGCUGGUGACUCAGCACCUCGUCAUUGUUGACUGAUGUCUUUACCUGUUUAAAAAAACCGGUAGAGUGACUGAUCUGUUUUCUACAUUUAGGGACUAUUUAUUCAGCUGUGAGUGAUAUGUAUUUUAUAAGUGUUAGUGCAGUGAGGUGCUAUAUAUUAAUUUUAUUUUAUACACUGAUAUCUUCCAUUUAGACUGGUAGGUAAAUAGUGCCCAAAAUGCUUCCACAAUGGAUUUCUGUGCUGAACAAUUACUAUUGACCUUUGAAUAUCAGGAAUAUUUUUGCAAAGAUGAAAAUUUUAGGCAGAAAUGUGUAAUUUUUUACCCAUAUGUAAGUUUUAAAACUUUAAUUUGCAUACUUCUCAGGUGCGCAUAUGAUGAUAACUAUAUUUAAACUAACGCCAAAAAAAGGUUAGCUGAAAUAGCUUCAGUGUUACCAGAAUUUCAGCUGAGAACACAUCCCUGUUUUCAUACAAAAUAGACAGUUUUUCCAAGGGAGUGAGUCAGUAGCAUUAAAAUCAUUUUAAAAUGAUUGAGUUGGAAAGCAUCAAAUAUGCUUCCUGAUGUAAAUAUACAUUGGCAGAAAAAUAGUUAGGAUUUAUAAGUUAAUAAUGUGAAUAGAAAGCAAAAUGACUGAAUCAGUGUUGUCACUGGAUUAUAAUUAAGAAAGGAGACAGGCAGUGAGUCGAUGAGAUAGAUAAAUUCACAUUGGCUAAAAGUAAUUCAAGUGGCUACAUGAAACAAAUCUUGCAAAUUUCUUACAUCAUGUGAGUAAGCCUUGGUAUUAAACACCCCAGUCAUAUUUAACAGAUGUCAGAGAAUGUCAAUUAUGCUUCAUUUUCAAAUAAACCUGCAGUAAUAAUACAUUAGAUAUACCUUUAUCCAGUUAACAACAUUACACUAAAGAAAAGAAAUCUCACAAGACUGUUAUUUGUAGCUGCAUCAUUUAAAAUUUGAUAUCAGAUGAGGAAGGCUAUAGAGGAUUCAUAUCUUAUUUCCCUCUCUUACUGCUGUGCAGCUCUUGAGAAGGAAAAUGGAAAUUCACUGUUGUCUUUUGCUCUUCAUUACCACCAAUUGAUUACAGCCUUCUUGAUCAUUCAGUAAGAAUGGUUCUCAGGUAACACUGAUUUCAUACUUCUGCAAUAUUUUCAUAAGUCCUGCAAGCCUGUUUUUCCGUGUGCAGUACCAUAAUGACUUUUGAGUUUGGCUAGCAUUAGCAUGAUCUUUUGUGUCAUGUUGUUGAAACGGGUUGACUGGAGUGUCAUUGGCAAAAGAACUUUAAAAAAAGCUCUUGGCUUAAUAUAUUGCUUCUCAAAGAAGUUUGCUGAGGAUUUGUGAUGAGGCUAGUUUAAAUACAUCUCAGUCACUAUUGCAGUCAUUUAACUGGUUCACGACAAAAUUAAACAAUAACUUACUAGAGGAAUAAUGUAACAUGGCUAUGGACUACUAACUAACGUACAUUUUACCUUACCUCACUACUUUGACGGCCUCGGAUUGGCAUAUGUUGGGACUGUUUAUGACUUGAGUGACACCUCCAUCAGAAAAAAAUAACUCCUUAGCAGAUGCAGUGCUUAAAUUAACAAAUUGUAUUAUUGUGCUGUGCAUAGGUUACCUACAUGAGUGACACAAGAUAAGACAGGGCAUCAUCAUUCGUUGCAUAGAUUAAUAGAGAUUAUUAAGCUUCAGUGUAAAAUCCAGUAACAGAUAAUUAAUGUAAGAAGGAAAAAUUUAACAAUUGCUAAAUGUGAUGAUCAAAAAGUUUUUAGCUAGUUAGUAAGAUGUGUGUUGUAGAAGCAAGAAGCAUGCACGCUCAUUUUUAAAAUUGUAGUUGUGAAUUCCAUAUCUAUUAUCUUACAAGGAGAGGCCCCCAGCAGUGGGAUCGAGUUUUUGAAGUCACCUACACAGUUAUGUAGGUCAAGAUCCCAGGUACCACACCCUGCAGCCAUUCAUGCUGGUAGGCAAUUGUUUGUGAGCAAUUGACAAAAAAGAAAAUUGGAGUUUUCUGUUAUGCCCAAUAGUGUUAAAAAAGUCUUAUUAUGUACACUGGCUGCAUGGUGUUGUGGAGAGAAUAAUAGCUUUGUGCGUAGGAGGUUGAGAGUUCAAAUCUUGUCAGGUGCAGUAGAUGUAAUUUUUUAUUUCUUUUCCUGUGUGACAUCAUUUUAACCACUGUAUGAACUUUUUCAAUUGUUUCAUUUUUUCUUUGUAUAAUCCUUUUUACAAUCAGAAUUUUUGUGAAUAUGAAUUCAAUUAUAUUAAUCUGUUAUAAUAUUCAGUAAUUUGAA